AUGGAGAAUUCACGGUGCCCGAGGAAGCUUUUGGCAAACAGGAGAGCUAGGUCUCUGGAUGGGUCACGGAUCCCCAGGAAGGACUCAGAAUUAAGGGACUGCCAGUGUCUUUCUGUGCACACCGCCCCCUCCAAGAAGGUUCUAUGCCGAACGGUCAGUGAUGGGGCUCGACGUUCCAAGAACCCAGCUCAGCCUGUGGAGGCUCAGGGCACCACGACUGCUGCCCUCAGUUUGGAGGAAACCAAAGAGUUCAUCCGCAGUGAGCAGAGGUCACCACAGGACACCAAGAAGGACAAGGCCCAUAAGAAGGCCCAACCUGGGUGGCUGAAAACCCUGUUUAACUUCUUCCUGAGAACAAGCCCUGAGGAGCCCAAAGAGAAAGCCAUCAGGAGGCCAAAGGGGAAGGACAGCCUCUUCCAGCCUGUAGAGUCCCCUGGGGAGCCAGCCAGUAGGAAUAAAUCCCAUGACAAGAAGGCCAGUCGCAGGAAAACCUUUGGUCACAGGAAACAUGUUGCUGAGGAAAGCAAGGGAGCUCAAGAUCAGGUGGCUGCAACCCAGGAGGCCAAGAUGGCUACCUCACAUCCUGAGGAGGUAGACCUGGGUCCAGCUCACAGGGGCAAGGAAGAUCCUAAUCUGUAUGGGUCCUUCCUCAUUGAAGGCAGGUGUGCUGGAGUCUCGGAUGAUCCUUCCCAAGCCACAGGUCAACAGCAGGAAGAGGAGCGACAGCCUGACACUGAUGCUAUCAUCCAGAUGAUAGUGGAAUUUCUCCAGAAAGUGGGAGACCAGUUCGAAGAACAGAGACUUCAAAGCCAGCAGCCUGGGGUAGUUCUUCAAAAUGCAACCCCAGUCUCCAGGAAGAAAUCCCAAGAGAAAAAGUCCAGUUUCAGGAGAGCCUUUUCUCAUAAGAAACAUGGAUCUGAGGAGCCCAAGAAAGUGGGGGCUGCAAAUGUUUCCAGCACGGAGGCCCGGCCGCCCAAGAGGCCCAGCUUUCUGCCCCUGUGUGUUGGUGGCCAUCGGCCCUCCACCUCCAGCAAUACUGACUUGGAAGAACCUCAAGUCCCUGAAGAAGCCCUGUCUCCAGAUGUGAGGGGUCCCUUAGAGCUCCCCACAGAAGCAGGAAGCCAGGGACCUGACGAGGAGUUACACCUGGACAGAGCCUCGGAAUCCAAAAAGUUCAUCCAGAAGAUCAUCACUCUACUCCAAGAUGCAGAAGAGCAAGGGGCAGAGAAGAGACUUCAAACCCAGCAGCCAGAGAUGGCUCUAGAAAACCUAGCCCCCGUCUUCAAGAAGAAAUCCCCAAAGUCCAGCUUCAGGAAAGCCUUUUCUCAUAAGAAGUAUAGCUGUAAGGAGCCCAAGAGAGUGGGAGCUGCAGAUGUUUCCAGCCUGGAGGCCAGGCCGCCCAAGAGGCCCAGCUUUCUGCCCCUGUGUGUUGGUGGGCAUCGGCCCUCCAUCCCCAACAGCCUUGACUUGGAGGACGUUGAUUUCCAGAAGCCCUCACCUGCAGAAGGGGGACCAGUUGGCUCCCCAGAUCCUCCUUCCCAGAGCAGAAGCCACGAGCCAGAAGGAGAACCUCAGCUGGAAGAAGCUUAUGAAUCUAAAGAGCUGAUCAUCCAGAAGCUGGUGGCUCUUCUUCAAGACGUGGAUGGCCAGUUGGGAGAACAGAUCAAGCGGCACCCCAGCUUUAAAAGGUUUUUUUACAAGCUCUCCGACUCCUCCCUCAGAAAGCUGGCAGCAAACCUGCAGAGCCAGGAGGCCCACCCCGCUGAGCCUGACAGAAACUUCGAUGAGAGACACUACCAGUUUGCUGCUGGCUUGGCUAAUGUAUUUGCUGGCAACAAUAGUCACACUGUCCACAUCCUCAUGGGCCUAAGAGGCCACUACAGCCGGCAUGCUUAUGUCCAGUUUCCAUACAGGAAGGCCCAGCAGAACAUUGUGAGUUCUGAGAGCCAAAGUCCAGAUUGA